AUGAUACCAUCAUUAUUCUUGUUUCUCAUAUUCCUGUCAUUGUCGCUUGAUUCAUUACAUUCAUCUGAUGAUCCUUUGUCCAAAAUUUUUCACCUGAUAAGAAAUCUAGAAGCCGCGGAUACAGACACGUUUUCCACAGCAACUCAGGACGAUAACGUUUAUUCAUACUCGAACUUUUUGGAUGACUGUGGAUACUUUGGAAUUACAAAAAAAGAAUGUAAAGAGAGAUUUUGCUAUUGGGAACCAUCCGAAGACCCGAAUGCAAAAUGGUGUCGGUUCAAGGAGGGCAAAGAAUAUACGUGCAACGUCGAUCCGGCAACAAGAACCGACUGCGGUUAUCCGGGAAUACAAGAGAAGGAAAAGGUGCCAUGCAAAGGGUAUAAGAUAGUCAAAUCACAAGAAAUCGAUAAUCUUAUAAUCGUUGACCUGGAACUGAUCGGCGAUGGAUGUGGCAAUUAUGGGCCAGAUCCGAAAUCGUUGAGAAUUCUCGUCGAGCACCAAACCAACGAUCGGUUGCGCGUGAAGAUUUUCGACUCAGAGAGAUCGAGAUACGAAAUACCAGAAGACAUAGUGCAAACUCCACGUUCUGAACGAAUGGAUGGGGAUCCUCUUUAUCAAUUUAUCUAUGAGGACAAUCCAUUUACAUUCUCUAUAACGCGUCGUUCGACAGGGGAGAAAAUUAUUGAUACAAAGGUACCGGGAAUGGAUUCCCUCACAUUCGAAGAACAGUAUAUGGAAAUUUCAUUCGGGUUACCACCCAAUCCCUAUAUAUAUGGAUUUGGCGAGAUCGUUCAAACGUUAAGGAGGAAUCCGAUGAAUACCUUUCAAACCCUCUGGAGUAGAGACGCGGCAACACCCUUUUCUGAGAACGUGUACGGUGUUCACCCAUUUUAUAUGGAAAUAAGAAAUGGCAGUGCCCAUGGUGCAGCUGUCGGAAGGCCCGCCCUUCCGCCAUAUUGGGCUCUAGGUUACCAUCAGAGUCGUUGGGGGUAUAACAAUUUAACCGUACUUUCCAGCGUGGUGGAAACUUUUGGUGAACAAAAAAUUCCAUUGGAAACCAUAUGGACAGAUUUGGAUUACAUGGAUGGGCAGAAAGAUUUUACUUGGAACCCUGUCGAUUAUCCUAAAAAUGAUGUUGCCCAAUUUGUUAAAAAAUUGCAUGAAAACAAUCAACAUUACGUUGUUAUUGUCGAUCCGGCUAUAAAAAUUGAGGUCGGAUAUCUGCCAUACGAUGAAGGAACAAAGAUGAAUGUAUUCAUUAAGAACUCAAGGGGAGAUGAUAUCGUGGGGCUGGUUUGGCCUGGAUUGACAACAUAUCCAGAUUGGUUUAACAAUGACACACUUAUUUAUUGGGAAAGCAUGAUCGAGAAAUGGUUAGAUGGAAUUGUUCUUGACGGACUGUGGAUUGACAUGAAUGAACCAGCAAGUUGGUGCCGAGGAGAGUGCAAAAAAGGUGAUUUAUAUGAUCCAGAAUCCCAUAAAAGGGCCGAAUCAAAAUUUAAUGACCUUGCAAAGUCCCCAUCAAACAAAUUUCGAAACCUUAAUAACCCGCCUUAUAAAAUUAACAAUGGCGGCAAAAGAUUGCCGUUGGACACACUAACAUUGUCAAUGGACGCGGUUCACUCAAACGGGAUGGAGCCUUACAUUUGGCCUUCUGUCGCAGAAACGUCGCGCAAAUACAUUGGAAUUAGAUAUUCAUUAUUACCCUAUUACUACACUCUCUUCUAUGAAGCGAACGCAAUGGGGGCUAUGGUGCUCCGUCCUCUCUUUAUUGAAUUUCCGCAUUUAAAGGCGUAUAUACCACCUGGUAUCUGGUAUGACUUUUACAGGCAUCAUUUAAGCUUCAAAGUAGAUGAUCCGGACGGUAUUCGCCGAGAUCUAUACGCGCCUUUGCAUGAAAUGCCAUUGCACAUAAGAGGAGGAUAUGUUAUUCCAAUGACUCGACCUGGGAUGACGACUACCGAGUGUCGCAAAGAAAACUAUUAUCUUCUUGUGGCUUUGGAUGCGGACGGAAAGGCGAAAGGAAGUUUAUAUUUGGAUGAUGGAGAGAGUUUAGAUAUUGAUGACAAGUAUACUUACGCUGAGUUUGAAGCGUAUGAUUGGAAUGUCCUGGUCGCAAAAGUUUUAUGGUAUGGUUAUGAUGAUAUUAUAUUGGAUAAAUUUGUCAUCUUGGGAAUUAACUGUCGGGAUGCAAAGAAAGUCGAGAGGAUAAUGUUUAAUGGCUUGGAGACUAAGUCUGGGUUUAACAAUACUGUCGAUGAAGAUGUCAUUUGGACGUUGGAUGAGAAGGUUGGAAAGCUAACGCUAGAAGGGUUUAAAAUUAGACUAAACGUCGGAUGGAAUUUAACUUGGAUUUUAAGUUAA